UCAAGUUAGUUAUUUUCAUUUCAAUAACAUUUAACAUUUUUCCUCUUUUCCCGCCCCCAUAUAUACAGCUUCAAACUCCAUUAUCAACACUUCAAAAUUGAAGCUUGAAAUUCUUGAAAAUUAGACACGAACUCAAAAUCUGGGUAUUGUUGAAAUGAUCCUUUGUUGUUGAGAUAAGCAACACUAUAAGAAUUUCGACUUCAAGUAAUCGAUACGAUGAAUCUUGAAAUUCAAAUUUGGAUUAUACUAACCCAGAUAUCGAGAUCCCAAAGUUAUUGAUUUGUUAUAGUGAUUUUUCUGGUGAAGAAUUGGAGUUUAGUAGUUAGUUUUCCCCCCUGAAUGGCAGCGUAUUGUCCAUACCGGUUUGGUAUAGGUCGGACAGCGGUAAUUCAUCUUCGUCAGCUAAGAUGUGGAAAGAUUUCAAGGUUUGGAAUUGGUUCUUCAUAUUCAUAUGGGUCUGUGUUGCGGAGGAACCUCAAUUCUGUUGAAAGGCAAACAAGGAAGCUUGUUGUCAGUGCUGAUCUCUCCAAUGCGUUCUCUGUUAACAUUGGCUUGGAUUCUCAGCCCCGUGGUAUAUCAAAGUUACCCUGGAUUGGCCCUCUACCUGGGGACAUUGCUGAGAUAGAAGCAUAUUGUAGAAUCCUUCGAGCUGCCGAACAACUUCAUAACACAUUAAUGGACACACUAUGCAAUCCAGUGACUGGUGAAUGUUGUAUCUCAUAUGAUGUGCCCUCAGAAGAUAAACAUUUACUGGAGGACAAAAUAGCUUCUGUUCUAGGAUGCAUGGUAUGUCUUCUCAACAAAGGGAGGGAGGAUGUCCUGUCAAGGAGAUCCUUGAUAAUCAACAUAUGUAGUGAUUUUGAUGAGCAUGAAAUGGAUGAUGAGCUUCCUCCACUAGCUUUUUUCAGAGGUGAAAUGAAGAGGUAUUGUGAGAGCUUGCAUGUUGCUCUUGAAAACUUUUUAACACCUGAUGAUCCUAGGAGCAUUGCUGUAUGGAGAAAGCUGCAAAGGCUGAAGAAUGUAUGUUAUGAUUCUGGAUUUUCCCGUGGAGAUGAUCAUCCCUGCCAUGCAUUGUUUGCUAACUGGGAUCCUGUUCAUUUUUCAUCGGAAGAAGUGACAGAGUCUGCAAGUUCUGAGGUUGCUUUUUGGAGAGGUGGCCAGGUAACUGAAGAAGGUCUUAGAUGGCUGUUGGAGAGAGGGUUCAAAACUAUUAUAGAUCUCAGAGCUGAGACCAUAAAGGACAACUUCUAUGAAAAAGUUCUGGAUGAAGCCAUUUUCUCUGGAGAUAUUGAAGUUCUUAAACUUCCUGUUGAAGUUGGCACAACACCUUCAGUGCAGCAGGUUGAGAAGUUCGCAGCAAUGGUCUCUGAUGUAUACAGCAAACCCAUUUAUCUCCACAGCAGGGAAGGAGUUUGGAGGACAUCAGUUAUGGUCUCUAAAUGGAGACAAUACAUGACUCUAUACACACCACACAUUGUGCCUAAUGCGAAUAAGAAUGUCGCCUCCAGUGGGAAUCCAUUGUGUGGUAGUAGUGGAACGCAGGCGGUAGGCUCUCUACCUAACUCAGAAGAAAAUGAAACUCUUACUUAUGAAGGUGUUUAUGUGACUGAUCAUGAAAGGACACUACCGACAAGAUCAAACAACAAAACUUCUGCUGGGGAACUUCUUAGACAAAUUCCUGAAGCUAGGGAGAACAUUCAGGCCCCCAAACCUUCAGUUGAUGCUAACAUGGAGCUAAUCGAAGGAAAUAUGUGCACGUCCUCAACUGGUGUAGUAAGAGUGCAGUCCAGAAAGAAGGCAGAAUCUUCCUUGGCCUUCACUGAUCCUAGCACCCAGCCACAAAUGCUUAAAUGGAAAUCCAGGCCAAAGACCGUUCUCCUUCUAAAGAAGCUGGGACAAGAACUUUUGGAAGAAGCCAAAGAGGUUGCUUCUUUCCUGUAUUACCAAGAGAAAAUGAAUGUUCUUGUUGAACCGGAGGUGCAUUAUAUAUUUGCUCGAAUUCCAGGCUUCGAGUUUGUUCAGACCUUUUAUAGUCAAGAUACUAGUGAUCUUCGUGAAAGGGUUGAUUUUGUUGCCUGCCUAGGAGGAGAUGGAGUUAUACUCCAUGCUACAAGAUUAUUUCGAGGUGCUAUCCCACCUGUUGUGUCAUUUAAUCUAGGAUCCCUUGGAUUUCUCACUUCCCACACAUUUGAGGAUUAUAAGAAGGAUCUAAGACAAGUCAUUCGUGGGGAUGGAACUCUGGUUCGUGUCUAUAUAACUCCGCGAAUGCGUCUUCAAUGUGAAAUAUUCAGAAAUGGGAAAGCAAUGCCUGGAAAGGUGUUUGAUGUCCUAAAUGAAGUUGUAGUUGAUCGUGGUUCUAAUCCAUAUCUCUCCAAAAUUGAGUGUUAUGAACAUGACCGCCUCAUUACAAAGGUGCAAGCUGAUGGAGUCAUAGUAGCUACACCAACUGGAAGUACAGCUUAUUCUACAGCUGCUGGAGGUUCCAUGGUGCACCCAAAUGUUCCUUGCAUGCUCUUCACACCAAUCUGCCCCCACACGCUCUCAUCCAGACCUGUCAUUUUUCCCGACUCUGCAAAGCUGGAACUGAAGAUUCCAGAUGAUGCACGCGACAAUGCUUGGGUCUCCUUUGAUGGGAAGAGAAGACAAGAACUGUUGAGAGGAGAUUCUGUUCGAAUAUGUGUGAGCCCUCAUCCGCUUACUACAGUCAAUAAGUAUGACCAAACAGCUGAUUGGUUCUCUAGCUUGACCCGUUGCCUGAAUUGGAACCAAAGACUAGAACAGAAAGCACUCUGAAGCUAACUUGAACUAUUUUUUUUAGUAACACAGUUAAUAUUACCAUAGACAACUUGAACUAUUCAUACCCACAUUUAUGUUGAAAAAAAAUUGUACAGUCAUAUAAGAACUGGAUUACAGAAUAUCCACUUUACAAAGUAGAAAAUUCAUUUUUGAUA